UAAUAACAAUCACAUCUGAUCCAGGUUUACUCUCUUAUUCCUUAUAUAUAAUGAAUUGUGAUUUGUUUUAGCUCUACAGCUCGCUUUAGUAUUUGUGUAAGAGAUGAAAAUGUCCGGACCGAACGGAGACCCCGAGCUGACAUCUGCUGAAGGACUGAUAGAGGAUGAGGAUGACUUUAAUGAUGAAGAAUACGCCGCCAUUAACUCCAUGCUGGACCAGAUAAACUCCUGCCUGGAUGACUUAGAAGAGAGGAACGACGCUCUGAAUGGAAAACUGCACGAGCUCCUGGAGUCCAACCGACAGGCUCGGCAGGAGUUUCGAGCUCAGCUCAACAAAAAGGAACCAGAGGAGCAAAAAGAGCCGCCGUCUAAGGGAUGAUGACUGAGCGGAAGCUGAACUCCAGUCCUGACUCAUUCCACUGGCACAAAGCUCUGCUGUAGUUUCUAUUUCUAUGUUAUGAGCACACAUCACACCCUUAUUUGUGCGUCUUUGUGAGUUUUGUUUUUUUCCUCUAAAACAGUCAUUUUAACAUGGAAUACCUCAUUUCACAAAUCACUUCACAAAGAAACAACAGCUCAAUCAUCAAAUAUUUUAAUAGACAUUAAAAUGCAGAAAACAAAACAUCUGGAGGAGAAAAAAAAAUUACAAGUUGCUUCCAGCUCCUAUAAAACAACCUUUUGUUUUAAAUCCUUAUUUCAUUUGUAGAAUAAAAAUAGAUUAUGAAAUGUA